AAAUAAACAAUAGCCCAUGAAUAAAAAAGCCCAAUAGAAUUAAAAGCCCAACCUACUAUAUAACAUUUGAUUUAGGGUUUCGUUCAUCCGCAGCCGAUAAUCGGUAAACGCAAAGGAAAUUAUCAGAAAUGGCUCCAAAGCAGCCAAAUACUGGACUCUUUGUGGGUCUAAACAAAGGGCAUGUUGUUACCAAGAAGGAACUAGCACCGCGCCCUUCUGACAGGAAAGGGAAAACAAGCAAGAGAGUACACUUUGUGAGAAACCUUAUCAGAGAAGUUGCUGGAUUUGCUCCUUAUGAGAAGAGAAUUACCGAACUUCUAAAGGUUGGAAAAGACAAACGUGCCCUCAAAGUUGCCAAGCGGAAGUUGGGCACUCACAAGAGGGCCAAAAAGAAGAGAGAGGAGAUGUCCAGUGUUCUUCGCAAGAUGAGGGCUGGUGGUGGCACGGAGAAGAAAAAGUAAGUUUUUGUUGUUGUUUACUACUUAAAGAUCUAUUGAGAUUUGUGUUUAGUUAGUGGUUUUGACUGUUUGUUGGACCUUUUUGUAUGAAUGUUUUUCAACAAUGAUCUAUGAAUGCGUGACUCAUUUACAAAUGAUCCUUAAUAUUA